CAAUCUAGACAGUCUUUAUUUGUCUAUGACAGCGAAAACAUGAAUUGCCUUUUGCUAUUCACCCUACUUUGGGCGAGUAUCCUGGGAGAUGUGUGGACAGCUCCUGGAAAUCGCGUUGAAGUGGAUCCCGAACUAACUGGCGGUUACUUCGAAGGCGACAUGGUCUUGAGUCCUCUGGCGCGGAAUGGAUUGCGAAGUGAAACUUAUCACUGGCCCAAUGGAAUCGUCAAGUAUUAUAUCAAUAGCAACAUUGAUCAGGCACAUCGGGAUCACAUUCAACUCGGAAUGCGCAUUAUCGAGCUGAAAUCGUGCCUCACCUUCAAGGAGGUCUCCAAGGAUCAGUCGGAAUAUGUGAAUAUUACCGCAGAGUCGGGUGGCUGCUAUACAGCUGUUGGAUAUCAACGGAAAGUGCAGCAGUUGAAUUUGCAGACUUAUGACUUGGAUGAGGGUUGUUAUCGCAUUGGCACAAUUAUGCAUGAGAUUCUACACGCCGUGGGUUUCUUUCAUCAGCAGAGCACCUGGAAUCGGGAUGAUUUCGUGCACAUUGCCACCGAGAAUAUCGCCGAUGGGAAGGAGCAUAAUUUUGAUAAAUAUUCCGAGAAUCUUGUGGAGAAUUUCGAUCAGACUUAUGAUUAUGGCAGUGUCAUGCACUACACACCUUAUGGCUUCUCCAAGAAUGGAGAGAUGACCAUUGUGCCGCUGGAAGAGGGUGCGGAGAAGGUGAUGGGACAGCGCGUGCAAAUGAGUCAGAUCGAUAUCGACAAGCUGAACAUUAUGUACAAGUGUCCCAAGCAGAUUUAAAGUGAUUCAAACGAUUGCUAAUACUGUAAAGAAAUUACAGAUAUUAGUGC